CCUAAUAUACACAAAUAUUAAGAAAAAAUUUAAUGAAAUUCAGAACUUGAAAACUAUAUUGUUAAUUUGUUAAUCAGUUUUAAGUGAACCUAUAAUUAAAUAAUAAAAAAGAUUACAACUGAAAACAUUUAUUUUGUAAAAAAUGCCGUCGUGGUUUAAAAAACAUUUUAGUUGUUUUCGUCGUGAACAAAGUGAUUUGGCUGUGAUUUCAAAAAAACGCUCAACAAAUUCAAAACGACAAUCAUCAAAAUUUCAACAGGAACAUCAAAAUCAAUAUGAUUCAACAUCAUUAGCUGAUGUUGACGAUAAUAAAAAUACAAUAAAAUCAAUAUCAUCAUCAUUAUCACCAGAUUCAAUUGAUGAGAAAUUUCGUAAUAUUCAUGAAAUUCCAAUAUCAUCACCAUCUUCAAAAGAAGAAAAAGAAAUAGAUUAUAAUAAUGAUGGAGAUGAUGGUGAUACAUCACAUGAAGAUGAUUCUACUACAAAAAAUGUAGGAUAUAUAAAAAUCUAUACAAAUUCUAAUUCAAGACGAAAAUCAUCUGGAACAACAACAUCAUCAAUAUAUCCACCAAGACGACCAAUUUUAACAUCAUCAUCAUCAUCGAUACGACGAAAAUCACCACGUCGAAAAUCACCAAAUCGUCGUAAAAAUAAUACAGAAACAUUUUCGAAAAAGAAAUCAGCAAAUAUUGGUAAUAAUUUAAAUAGUCGAAAUAGUAGUGGCGCUAGUGGUGGUGAUAGCGGUAAUAGUAAUAUUCAUAGCAAUAAGAAUUGUGAUGGUAAUAAACAAAUUAGUGAAAAACGAAAGCAAUUAAAAUUAUUAAUACAACAAAAUCGUAAUAAUUCCAAUUAUGAGAAAAAUCUUAAUGCAAAUCAAUUUUUAAAUAAUAAAAGUGCCAAUAAUAUUAAUAAUUUUGGUGAUAAUAAUUAUAAUAAUGAUAUUGAAGAUGAUGAUGAUUAUGAUGAUAGUGAAAAAAAUGAUGGUCGUGUACAUUCAGCUGUUAUAUCAAAAAUAAAUAAUGAUGCUAGAUCAAUAACAGUUGAAUGGUAUGAAAGAGGUGAAACCAAAGGUAAAGAAGUUGAAUUAGAUGCAAUUUUAGCUUUGAAUCCAAAUCUUGUUAAGCAACAAGAUCAAGGUUUUCAUAUUGAAGAAGAUGAAAUUGAAAAUAGAAAUAGUAAUAACGGUAUGGAUGGAAGUUUUUUGUCUAGAUUACAAAAUGCAAAAUGUAAUGAACCGGAAGCUAAAAAAGUUGCAACAGCACCAAAUAAUUUAGCUAGGGAUCCGUCUCAAUCAUCAAUUGAUGAGGAAGAUGAAAAUGAUGUUGAUGAUGAUGAAGAAGAUUAUAUUGAUGAUCCAGAUGAUUUAGAACAAAUGCGUAGCAGUGCUGGUGGACAAUCUAUAACUGCUAAUAGUAGUACUGGAACAACAGGAGGCGGUGGCAAUAAUGGUGGCGGUGGUAAUACUUUACCAAUACGUCAAACAUCUGCAAAAUCUUCAGUGAAUCCUACACAUGGUGCUAUUAGAGUUAUGAACAGAUUGAAUAACACUCAAAAUGGACAUCGCACAAACCGUACAACACUAUCAAGUGCUAACGGUAGUCAUAUGGAAAAUAUUCCACCAUCAAAUCAACCACCACAACCGACUGGUUUAGCAAAAUCACGUUCAACAACAAAUGCAUCAAAAAUGUCAAUAACAGGUUCACAAGCAUCACAAAUAGCCCAACCAAGACGUUCAUAUGUUGUUAAAGAGGUUGAAAGGCUUAAAGAGAAUCGUGAAAAACGUCGUGCUAGGCAAGCUGAAUUAAAAGAGGAGAAAAAUGCAUUAAUGAAUAUGGAUCCGGGUAAUCCAAAUUGGGAAACAGCAGCAAUGAUUCGAGAUUUUCAAAGUACAUUAGAAUUCCGACCGUUAGUUGAUGGCCAACCAGUUGAGGAUCAUCAAAUUACUGUAUGUGUAAGAAAAAGACCAGUUAGUCGCAAGGAACAGAUGCGUAAAGAAAUUGAUGUGAUAUCAGUGCCUAGCAAAGAUACUCUUAUGGUUCAUGAACCAAAAACAAAAGUUGAUUUAACAAAAUUCUUAGAAAAUCAUAAAUUUCGUUUUGAUUAUGCAUUUGAUGAUACUUGUUCAAAUGAAAUUGUUUAUAAAUAUACAGCAAAGCCUUUAGUUCGGACAAUAUUUGAAGGUGGUAUGGCAACAUGUUUUGCAUAUGGUCAGACUGGUUCAGGCAAAACACAUACUAUGGGUGGUGAAUUUAAUGGUAAAAUACAAGACUGUAAAAAUGGUAUUUAUGCUAUGGCAGCUAAGGAUGUAUUCGCAUACCUAAAUAGUUCACGAUACAAUCAUUUAAAUUUAGUUGUAUCAGCAAGCUUUUUUGAAAUUUAUAGUGGAAAAGUUUUCGAUUUACUUUCUGAUAAACAAAAACUUCGUGUACUAGAAGAUGGUAAACAACAAGUUCAAGUUGUAGGGUUAACUGAAAAAGUUGUAGAAAAUGUUGAAGAAGUAUUAAAAUUAAUUCAACAUGGUAAUACUGCACGUACAUCUGGUCAAACAUCAGCAAAUCAAAAUUCAUCUAGAUCACAUGCUGUAUUUCAAAUUGUAUUAAGACCACCUGGUUCAACAAAAAUUCAUGGAAAAUUUUCAUUUAUUGAUUUGGCUGGUAAUGAACGUGGUGCUGAUACAUCAUCAUCAAAUCGUCAAACAAGAAUGGAAGGAGCUGAAAUUAAUAAAUCAUUAUUAGCAUUAAAAGAAUGUAUUAGAGCAUUAGGUAAACAACAUGCUCAUUUACCAUUCCGUGUAUCAAAAUUAACACAGGUAUUAAGAGAUUCAUUUAUUGGUGAGAAAAGUAAAACAUGUAUGAUUGCAAUGAUAUCACCUGGUUUAAGUUCAUGUGAACAUACAUUAAAUACAUUACGUUAUGCUGAUCGUGUUAAAGAAUUAGUUUAUAAAGAUGCACCAGAACGUAAUGAUGAUAUGAUGGAACAAAUGGAUGAUGAAGAUAUUAAAAAUGGUGAAUUAAAUGAAAAUGAAUUAGCACAUUUGAGAUCAUUAAAUGAACAAGACAUGACAGAUGAAUUAUAUAAUCAACAUGCCGCUAUAUCAGAAUUACAACAAACUGAAGAAAUGGUUGUUGAUCAACAUAAGGCUCUAAAUGAUUUUCUCCUUAAAUUUGUUGCUGAAAGUCGAGACUUAUAUAAUUUGACAAAUUAUGUUGAUUAUGAUCAAGACGCUUAUUGUAAACACGGUGAAGAUAUGUUUACACGAUUAGUUGAAGCUGCUUCACAGGUACGUGAUUCAAUGGCAGAAUUUCGAUCAAAAUUAGCCCAAGAAGAGAUGUUAUCGUGUACAAUAAAACCAACAUCGAGGCACUAAAAUAUUUAAUUAAUUUUUAAAAAUAAAAACAAAGAGAAAUAAUUGGAAAAAUUUAAAUUAAAAAAAAAAAAUAAAAAAUAUUAAUGAUUAUCCUUAAAAACAAAAAAGAAAAAAUAAUUCAACUAAAUUUUCAACUAAAAUUUAACAUUAUAUUUAAUUAAAUAAAGAAUUAAAAUUAAAAAAAAAACACAAAAACCCAGUCUCUAUAAUAUUAAAAAAUAUAUAAAUAUAAUAACAUAUGUGUAUAUAUAUAUAUAUAUAUAUAUAU